AUGCCGCCCAAACAGUGGAUUGACAAGAAGAACGCGAGCAAGUUCCAGCUCUUUCACCGAUCGCAAAAUGAUCCGUUGAUCCACGACGACAACGCGGAGGACCGUUUCCUAUACCAGGUCGGCGGACCUGCUCCUGCGCCUGCGCCUGCGUCCUCUACCACUUCGAGGACCUCGAAAAAGCCUCUACCCAAUCUUUCCGAUCUCCAGUCCGAAUAUGGCGGCAAGGCUCGCCAGAAUGAGGGUGAGGCUGCCACCCACGGUGUCUACUUCGACGACUCUAGCUACGAUUACAUGCAGCAUCUUCGCGAUCUGGGCACCGGUACGGGAGACGCCUACUUUGUUGAGGCUAAGGGAGAAAAGACCAAGGGCAGAGCUGGCCGAGGCAUGAAGCUAGAGGAUGCGCUGCGACAGGUCUCGCUGGUCGACAAAGAUACCUACACUCAGAGCUCCUCCGGUGCGCCCAGUCUCUACGGGUCGCAGUAUGGCGAUAUGCGAUCUACUGUUUCAUCCUAUGCCCGCAAGCCCACCUACCAGGAUCAGCAGAAUGUCCCAGACGCAAUUUCCGGUUUCAAGCCAGACAUGGACCCUCGUUUACGAGAGGCUCUUGAGGCUUUGGAAGACGAGGCUUACGUGGAGGAUGAUGGUGAAGAUGACAUUUUCGGCCAAUUGACAUCCAAUGCAGAGGAAAUGGACGAAGGCGACUGGGAGGAUUCCCUCUUUGACCACGAUGAGGAGGAUGAUGGAUGGGAGUCAGAUGCCACCGAAAAAGCGCCUGUGCAGCCCCACAGCACAGAUAUCCAACACCAAGUGCCUGAAGAACCGUCAGAAGGCCCUGUACAACCGCCCUUGGAGCCUGGCGAGAUGCCUGCACCUGACGAGCCUGCGCCCGACAUGCAGCCCACUGACCAAGGGUGGAUGAGCGAAUUCGCCAAGUUCAAGAAGGACGCCAAAGCUGGCAACGCUCCUUCACGCGCUCCUCCCACUAUUGCAGCAUCCCAAACAAUGGCAUCGACCGUCUUCACUGCAGGCGGUACCCCCAUUCGCCGCAAGAAGCGCAAGGGUGCUUUGACCAACCCCUCCGCGUACUCAAUGAGCUCCUCCGCUUUGGCUCGUACCGAGGGUCAUCGCCUUCUUGAUGACCGUUUCGACAAGGUUGAGCAACUGUACGCGCUCGACGAAGAAGACGAGUACGAUGACAGCAUGUCUAUGGUCAGUGGGAUGACCGGUGCAACCGGCAUGACUGGCAUGUCCAUGGCAUCAUCCCAGGCACCAAGCUUGGUUGAUGGCAAUGGCGAGGCAGUUCACAGCCGCAGCAACUUCAACAAUGUCAUGGAUGACUUCUUGUCCAGCUGGGACCCCAAUACCAGUGCCCAAGCGAAGCGCAACGGUGCCAAGAACAAGCGUGGCAGGAACGGUAACGAGGCUAUUGGAAUCAGAAUGCUCGACGAGGUGCGAUCUGGUCUUGGACCGGCUCGUUUCAAUGACCGGAAGGGCAAGGCUGCCGGAAGAGCCUAG